AUGAUAGAGGCAGGAAAACAGGCCCUGGAGGAGAUAGAUAGGUCCACAUCCACCCCUGACACAGGCACAACCAACGAGGCCACCAAGGAGGAAGGGACAAAGAUGACAUCAAAGAGGAACACAACAGGCUCACACAAAGCUGUGUCCGUCAAGUCAACUCCCUUUCCGAAGAACACCUCAUCAUCAGAAUAGCCAGGGGAGAAGGAUAACCCCGCCCUUGAUGCCAUCCCAUUAGCCAUUGAAGACUUUGUCUUGUUGGACUUCCAGACGUCCCACCCCACAUAGAGUCUGGACUCCCUGAUUUGGUGCCCUGAGGCAACAGAUCCGCUCCUCUGAUUGGCUGGCGAAGAACACUCCAGAACUCUCGGCCGGGCAGGAUCCCGAGCUGUUCAAAGACCUGCUGGACAGAGCCAGGAAGUAG